AUGACCCACACAUUCACGGACCCGCUGGUGGAUCUCGCAUUCGUCUCCUUUCAGUACCCCCAUGGUGGCGGUGGUUCGGCGGGCGGGAUACGCGAUGUCAGUGUUCGCGUGAACGGCGGGGAUCGAGUUCUCGUCGUGGGGCACAACGGUAGUGGAAAGUCAACGCUUUUGUCCGUCAUUGCGGGGCGGCGAAAGGCGUCGAGUGGCCGCGCCACUGUGCUGGGUUCCGACGCCUUUGAUGACACGCGUCUGCAGCAGCAUGUGACGCUUAUUGGUCGACCGUGGCCAACAGAGGCUUUCUUUGCCACCACUGUCGACCAGGUAACCUCUAAGGCGCCGCUGCCGGAAAGGAAGCGAAGCGUGGCGGAUGCUCUUCAUCUUGAUUUAGGGCGUGCCGUUAGCAAUAUGAGUUCGGGGGAGAGACGGCGGGUGCAGAUUCUUCACGGUUUGUUGCAGAAGUCGUUUGUUUAUUUGCUGGACGAAUGUAGCACGGACAUCGACAUUGCGGAGCGAAUGACCGUGUUGGAUCUUGUGCGGUCAGAGUGUGUUGUUGGUGACAGCUGUUGCUUGUAUGCGACUCAUAUUUUUGAUGGUGUGAGUGACUGGGCAACGCACCUCUUGCUGAUGCAGGGAGGCAUGGUCGUUGAUUUCAAAAGGGUAUCUGAUCUCAAUGCACCUUUGGAGGUGUUUGUGUGCCACUUCCUCACGAGGCGUCAUCGAGACCUUUUUGAUUACACUAGCAAGCGGAUGCCCGUGAAAGAGGCAUACAAUGACGAUUGGAAGGGAGGGGGCACAGUGACCGCCCUGCCUUCGGAAAAAGAGGCUGUUAUUGUCUGUGACCGACUACAAUACAGAAACAUAUUCCGUAAUCUUUCCUUCACGGUUUACAGGGGGGAUCGUGUGUUGCUCUGUGGUUGCAAUGGGGCCGGGAAGUCAACUUUGCUGAAAAUGAUGGGCGGGAAGCAGUUCUUCAACAACAGCAAUGGAUCACUCCGUAUUAUUGGGAAAUCCUGUUACGAUGAUAUGACGCUAAACGGCCUUGUUGCGUUUGGUGGUGAAUGGUGGGAUACCGCACCGCCGGGUGAAAUGCACGUGCACGAGAUGCUGCAACUUCAAACACCACGGGCGGAGUGGUUGUGCAAAGUUCUUGGAGUGGACUUGUCGUGGGACGUCCGCCAUAUUUCUACGGGUGAGCAGAAACAUGUGCAGCUUCUACUUCACUUACUCGAGGACAAGCCCGUUAUUCUGCUGGAUGAGGCCACAUCUGAUCUUGAUCUCGACCAGCGACAGGAGUUGUUAUCAUUUCUGUACAAUGAGAGUGCCAACCGAGGUGUGACUGUUGUGUACGCAACUCACAUAUUUGGCGGGCUGGAGAAUUGGCCAACAGCUGUCAUGAUGCUUGACCGGACCACGCAAGGCCUCCAUGCCAUGUGGCGUGGAAGCGAUGUGAAAUGGGCAGAAAUUACAAGGGAGCUUAUCGCUUUAAAGGGAAGGGAAAAUGUCAAAUAG